AUGGAUGCACCAUAUCUAUAUCCAAAUAUACGUCACGAGGAGCGUCUCAUCGAUGGGACUCUUCCUGACCUACAGCCCGGCGAGGCCGUGUGUCGGUCUCAUUCCCAGCCCUCACUGCAGGGUGGUGUCCACACCAUCAAUGUCAGUCAAGAGCUCGACGCAGCCCCCGCUCCAAAGGAAGACAAGGAAUUUGGGACAGAAUCAUCCCGAGACUUUGAAGUUGUCGCUCCUCACUACAGCCUGCCAGCCUCCAGCCUUGACUCCGUGUUCCCAAUGGUGGGCGAUGGCGCGUCGCCCAAGACGCUGCCUCAUGUCGUUUUGAAGGAUCCCCAUUUCCCGUGGAAGUGGCCAGCAAGCAAAACUAGCACCACUUCCAAAGUUAAUAAGCAGAAAGGAUGUAUUCCGUGGGUAGCUCUCAACACCUUCACCGCCGAUGAGCUUCAGCUCGAUUCGACGACUCUUGAAAGCAUCACCAAGUUCCCUGACGUCCGGGCAAACGAUAAUCUAAGCUUCAGAUUUCCUGUUGCUAGGAUCAACGAUAUGAAAACCGAAAUGAUAGACAACGGCAGCGUUACCAACCUCAUGAUGAGUCCAGCCAGCCGCGAAGCCAAGGACGACACGGCAGCCAUCUGCAUUCCCGGGGAGCUGUUUCGACAGCUGUUUGCUGAUGAGAAUGGGAUCUGUCACAUCAAUCAAUUUCAGUAUCUCUCACAUGUUCGCAAAGUGGCUACUGAUGGCAUGGUAUCAUCUGUUGAUGGCGAGUCCGGGCUGUAUAGCAUCAUAGUCUCACACCGUACUGGUCCGCUCGACACGGCAGUGCCUGUACCCAUGUCUGCUCACCUUGUGUCUAUCGAGAAUAUUGAGAACCUUGACAUGGCCAAGGUCAAGCCUCAUGUGCUCAUGACAAGCUUGUACAGCUGGUCGUACACUUCACUCCCUGCAGGCUCCUCUAAUGAGAUGAAGGCGCUGAGAAUUCUCGGCAGAUCUGGUUUCCAACUUCUGCGUCCCCCGCCAGCACAAGGAACUUCACAGUCGAAGGGUAUAGAGAGCCGCACCUUGAUGGAAGAUGUUACCGCGAAGCGGCAACAGGAGGGAUACACCCUCAUGCGAUACAGAACCGUCACGGGCGAACUAACAGUCGCCAUUUACCGUGGGCCCCUGAUACCGACCCCGGUCACGUACAACAUAAGACCUCCAAGCAACUUUGGCACUGAUCUUCAGAUAUUGGACCCGGAACUUUCGCUCAUGGACAUCUCCUAUUCCUCGGCCUGGCAGCUUGGCAGAACUCUGGGUAUGAGUGACGCCGCCUUUACUUCCGCCCUUUCACGAAUCCGAGCUCUUAUCCAGAGCAAGGCAGCGGAUGGGGCCAAGAGGGAUGGUAGUCAUCACCUCAGAGCAUACAAGUCUCGUGAUGAUGCGGUAGCUAGCAUUGGGCGCAUCGUGUCAGGGCUAGGCGACAUGAACAAUCAUCUCCACGCCAAUCAAUCAACUACUUCAUCAACAAACCGUUGGAAGGAGAAGCCUGUCCCAGAAAUCCUGUCUGAAAAAGGCGCACCUUUCAAAGACCACGAGGUACCCAACAACACCGAUUUCCACCAAGUCUACAACUGGGUUCUUGACAAAUUGCACCUUGCUCAUAUUCCGGCCCAUUACCUUAUUACAGACCCGUCUUACCUGCAACCUGAGUCACUACGUUUCUUCUUCAUCGAUGAGAAUUGGACCCGGGCCUUGGUAGACGGUGCGUUGAGCUUGGCAAAUCACUGGGGGAGCGAGCCAGAUCGUGACUACGCCCGAAGUGCACUCAAGACCAGCAUCAAUGCCUGUCUGGCCACACCGCACGAGAAGGUUGGCAACUGCCAGCAAGUGCCAAAAUACGGCUUUCUAUUACGCUCACAAGUGUUAGUGCAGUUCACUGACCUGAAAGUGAAGGCAACAUUUGCAAGGGCAAACACUGCAGGUGAAGAUGAAAGCAUGCCCAAGGCCUCAAUCCUGGUGCAGCGAAUGUUAGAAUCGGACAUUAUGCUUUGUUUGUUCAAUCAAACUCCACCAGACCUGGAAUCCAUUGAGCUCACACUCCCACCGCAUCAACAAAGCUUUGCCGUUGGUGAAGACAUCACGCCCUGGGAGCUGAAGGUGGCAUUUCGCAAUACAGUUGCAACUCAAAAGCCAUCGACCGAAUGGCCGUCAAGGCAGGAUGCUAUAUCGAGGGAGACAUACUCAGCGCCGACCUGCCCGGUAUUUGACUGGCCUUCGCGGACACUGAGACCGACUGAGUAUGCGAGGAGAGUGUUUGAGCAUCAGAGGCAUACAGACAAGGAGACGCCAGGCUUCUUUGAGGAAGCAGCGCCGACAUCAGCAUUGCUGGCGCUGCAACUCAACGAACUCCCCUACACGCUCAAGAUUGCCGUGAAGGUGAAAGACGACCCCAAAAAGGAUGCGAGUGACACGUCUUUCACCAAGGUUCAACACAACCGGAAUGAACCGUGGCCAUAUGGGGCUCUCUCCCUGAGUGAGCUUCCCAGCGCCCCUACGCCGCCAAUUUUACUCGACUAG